AUGAUAUCGAAAUUCAGCACUUCAUUGUUAGCCGUAGUAUUGGCAUUAGGAGGAGUACGAGCGGCUCAAUAUCCUCUGACGGAGAGUCAUCACGGUACGACAUUCUUCGAUGGUUGGAGAUUUCCAGCUGAGACUUACGAUAAUACUACCAAUGGAGAUACAUUCUGGGCAACUGCUCAGAACACUUCUUUGCUAUAUACCAACGAUGCAGGUAGGGUCAUAUUGAAAGUUGACAACACAACCUCCGUACCAUAUAACGAAAAACGAUAUGCACCCAAAUUACUCUCUAAGAACACUUAUGAUCCUGGUACAGUCUUUGUCAUGGAUGCAGUACACUUACCUUAUGGAUGUUCCGUAUGGGGAGCCUUCUGGACUCAAGGAGCGAAUUGGCCUGCAGGAGGUGAGAUCGAUAUAUUCGAAGGUAUAAACCAACGUAAAGAGAAUAUGAUGGCUUUACAUACAUCUGGAGGAACCUGUACCAUCGACCAGAAUUCUCAGAUGGUAGGCAGAAUCGACGCAACGGAUUGCGACCAAUCUGCCAAUUCGGGAUCAGGCUGCACAGUCUACGAUCAGAAUGAGAACUCCUAUGGGGAGGCGUUCUCACAAGCUGGUGGUGGAGUUUUUGUCACUGAGUGGACAAACGAGGCGAUAAAGAUAUGGUUUAUCUCGCGAAGCAACGUCCCGGACAGUCUCUCAGCUACUGCUGAUACCUUUGAUACUUCCGUACUGGGAACGCCGACUGCUGAAUACUCUUCUUCGACUUGUGACAUUACAAAUCUCUUUGAGCCUCUGAAUAUUGCAUUAUGUGGAGACUUUGCUGGCCUUCCUGCACUCCUGGAACAGACCUGUCCAGCUCUGGAAGGCGACAAGACGUGCUACACUACUUAUGUGAUCGACGAUGCAUCAGCAACGUAUGCCAACGCAUAUUUCGAACUCAACUAUAUCAACAUUUACACCACGAACCAAACUGCCGGAAACGAUGUUCCUACCGUCAGCGGGAUUGGGAAGUCGACUACCACUGUCACUGCUGGUGUGAGCAAGACUGCUUCGGGUACAGGAAGUGCAGCUACCAAUGGCACCAAUGCGGCUGGAUCGAAUAGCUCGGCUGGAAGGAAUGGGGUGGAAUGGGGAUUGAUGGGGUUGAUAGGUUUAGGAUUGAGUUUGAUCAUAUAG